AUGUCUUUUAAAAUCCCAUUCUCUCUCCAGGAAUUAAUGGAUUUUCAAGAACAAGAGUCUAAGAAGCACUCUAUAGCAAUAGCUAGAUGUUAUCCCAUGAAAAAUAGAGACCAAGAUAUCAUGCCUUAUGAUGCUACAAGAGUAAUGUUAUCAACAGUAAAAGAUGAUUAUAUUAAUGCUAGUUGGAUUAACGACCUAGCUCCAUCUUGUCCUAAAUUUAUUACAACCCAGACACCAUUACCAGUAACUACCACUGAUUUCUGGGCUAUGGUGUAUGAACAAGGAACAGAAGUGGUUGUCAUGAUAACAAGUGAAUAUGAAACUGGAAAGAAAUAUCCAAUUUACUGGCCAACAGAAAAGGGCAAGGCAAUGGAACAUGGACAGAUAAUAUUAAACUUACAAAGUGUGAAAUAUAAAGGAUUAUGGACUGAAAGAAUUGUAUAUAUGUUACAUACUGAGACUAAACAAGGACGUACUAUAGUACAUUUAUUAUAUAAACAUUGGCCAGUCAGUGGUUUCCCAGAUGAUGUGUCACAUAUAGUAAAAUUUAUUAACGAAACUCAUACAUUUUAUAAACAACAACGCAGUUUAAUGAAACCUGUUAUAGUGCAUUGUGGUAAUGGUAUUGGACGAAGUGGUACGUUUCUACUCAUAUAUACCGGUAUGCAGGAGAUAUUACAUGGAAACGGUGUAAUAGAUAUACCAAUACUGACCAAACGUAUGCUUAGUAAACGUAAAAACUGCAUUCAAAACCCAGAACAACUUAGAUUUGCUUAUGAGGCUCUGUUAUAUUUUGCCGAAGAUUUCCUCAAAAGAAGUGAGUUUUUUGUGCUUUGUUGA